CGCGCGCACGUUUCUGCUGCUCGGAAGGCGCAUCGAACUAUAAAACCACCGGCCCAUCGUCGGCCAGUUAUCAGUUCGGAUCCAGUGCACAUCGAAGCACCACCACUUCUUGUUUGUUUAUCCCACGCAAAUUAGCUGAACGAGCUCAAUCAUGAAGGCGUUCAUUGUUGUACUGCUAGCGAUGGCCAUUGCGUUGGUGGCCAGUUUCCCGGCAGCGGACUUCGCGAACCUAGAGGAUCCGUCGUCCGCCGAGCUGGAAAGGGCAAACCGGGUGGCCAGGAGCAGCGCGUGGGAUGACGACGACCAUGGCACCAUCAAGGAGAUCACCGUCCACAAGACAGUUCACGUUCCCGUUCCAUAUCCGGUCGAGAAGAAGGUCCCGGUUGUGGUGGAAAAGAAGGUCCCCGUGAUCAUCACCAAGACGGCACCGGUGUCGAUUAAGAUUAAGCGCGUUAAAAAACAUAAGCACACUGGCUGAUCUGUAUAGGCUAGGUUAGGAAUAAAUUAUUUGUAGCUACAAAAA